AAUGUAUGGAAGAAAGGCUUUUAAACUUAUAACAGAAUUAGAUUUAUCUGCUGACAUUCAACCAUUUAAUGAGGUAAUUGUUAAAGAAGUUCUACAGGAAAUGCACUCCUUAUACGAUGCAAAUAUGUCUGAUAGUAAUGCCAUUCGAAAUGAAGACAAUGUGGCUUUGUUACCAUCAGUUCAACUGAGACACAUAGCUUUGACCAGAAACAAGAGAUGUGUUCUGGCAUAUAUCUACAACAGAAUGAGCAAGUUAAGAGAAUUGCGUUGGGAAUUAGGAAGUAUUUUACCCCCUGAAAUAAACACCAAUUUGUUGAAUGCUGAGAGACAAUGGUUUCAAUCAUAUAACAAAUCCUUGGCUACGUAUAUGAGGUCUUUGGGAGAAGAUCAAGGAUUUAAUUUAACAGCUAACAUGUUGCCCCCAAAAACUCCUUAUGUGGAGGUCAAAUGUGUAGUAGACUUUGGGAAACUAGAAUUGGAAGAUGGUCAAAUAAUAUUAUUAAAGAAGAAUACAUAUCAUUUAUUACCACGAGCUGUUUGUGAACCACUCAUACGACAAGGUAUACUUGAGCAUAACAGCACGUAA